GUGUGCUCUGUCUAUCAGUGUACACCGUGCCUCAUAAGCACCCAGUAGGCGAGUGACAAACUGUGCGCUCUCACACUUUGCCAUCCAGCCAGAUACAGAGAAGCAAUGGGAGACGAUAACUGAGGCAACCACAAAGAGACACACACUGAGACCGACUAUGGCUGUGGACGCUGCGUCGAGCUUCAGUUUCUGCCGUGCAUCCCUGGAGCAAACAGUGUCUGCAGAGGAGCUAGCCUACCAACUGCCUCGCCGGCCAGGGUCUAGUCUCACCUGGCAUGAUGGGAGGGGACAGAUGAGCACAUACACACGCACCGUCAAACUCCUGCAGCAACCUGGCACAGAGGGAAUACAGCUGCAUCCAGGAGAAGCCUUCACUGUGUACCACACCAGCCCUAUGCUGUCCAGUCUGUCCAAACCAGUGGUGCUGUGGACCCAACAGGACGUCUGCAAGUGGCUAAAGAAACACUGUCCACACAACUACCUGACCUAUGUAGAAGCCUUCUCCCACCACGCCAUCACAGGUCGUGCAUUGCUGAGGUUGAACGGGGAGAAGUUGGAGAGGAUGGGCAUUGUCCAGGAGACACUGAGACAGGAGGUUCUACAGCAGGUCCUUCAGCUACAAGUCAGAGAAGAGGUCCGCAACCUGCAACUGCUCAGCAGAGCCUCCUUUGGAAACCUUUCUUAGCUCAUCCCUUUCUGGAUCCCUUUUUCCUUCACUGAAACAAUACGUCACCAGUAGCUAUGGGAGGACCUGCUCGCUCCAGAUAUGUGACAGCAGAACUGGGCUGUAAAAGGAGAGAACUGAAGAGGGGAGAGAAGAGUCUAUUUUCUACAUGACAAACAGACUGAAGGAGGAUUCCCAUUCAACAAGGCCAAACUGGUUUAAACGAGGAGCGACAGAGUGAGAGAGAGAACUGGAGAGAGAGACAAUGAACUGCUGAAUAAAAGAGCACAGACUGUGACAUAGAGAAAAGAUGUAUGAACUGACGUUGACAUUGUAGACAAAUCAAUUUGCAAGUUAUAUUAUUAUAACUACAUGAGAUUCCCCCUUUCUGGGUUUCUUCUUUCAUUGUGGGUGCAGGAAGGAGAAUUAUUACUCAUCAAUCAAUGUAGUACGUUACAGUGGGUGGCUUAUUCCAAGGUGGGUGGAGAGAAAAUGGGACUAUUGAAUGUCAAUGUCUCUGUAUGAUACUCAUGUCACAACCCUGUUCACAAUGUAUCUUUUCCCCUCAGGAUUUUCAUUUUGGAAUAUCUAUAUAGUUUUGAUAGAUCUAAUUCAUACAGUAUCAAGUACAUCAUUGCCUACAUGAGCACCCUCUCCCUAAAAUAUAUUCUCUUCCUUUCUUUUAUAAAGUCAUGACGAUGUACAGAAUGUCACCUCCCAGAUCAUCUCUUUGUACUGUCAAUGAACCAUGUCAAUGACAAAGAUAUAUAUAUAUGUGAACGUUCUAUUGUAAUAUAGGCUGUAGAGCUGAAUAUAAUGUAGAUCUAUCUAUACAUUUAGCUUUUUAUAAACAGAGGGAAUUGAGAGAACAUGCUAUGAUUUGGUGUAAAUGUUUUUGCCAUAGCUGUAUUUGAUAAAGCAAUAAUCGGAACAGGA